UACACUUCAAGUACAUGUCGCGUAUAGCUGCUUACAGAUCUAGUCGGAUAAGCUGUUUUCGAGGGUAUAGGAUUAAAUUCAUUUCACAGAAGAACAUACCUAGGUAGCUCUCGACACGCCUGAGUUAUACAAACGACCAAUCAGAGACACGCCUGAGUUACACAAACGACCAAUCACAGAUUGGAUAUAGAAACUACAAAAUUCAAACACGUGAUGAAGACGAUCGUCAUAUUUGCUGCCUUGACCUCCUUGCCUUUUGCCUUUUUCGAAGAUACGAAAGGCUGUGAAUUCCUAAUCCAAAUGGUGCCAGAUGAUCCGCCUGUGACCCUCAAGUUCACUGGCAGGGAGACUCGAGCAUGUCACCAGUUGGCCGCGAUCUGCGCAGAUGCGCUCGCAAAAAACUGUGAGCUCUGCGCCACCGUAGUGGGUAAUAACGAUUCUGAUUGCUCGGUUCAACUUGAGUUCAAACAGGACGUGUUUAAGCCGACAGAACGUAACGAGACAUGCUUGGAGAGGGAUAUAGAGCCAUACUGCUCAACAUUCUUUCUAGGAAUGAAUAUAACGAGAAAAAACAAUUCACUGACUAGCGCUAGUUUUGACAUCAUUCUUACAGCUAACAUUCCCGCAGACCGUUACAAAACAAACUGGGGAGUUAUUGGUGGAAUCAUAGGCGGAGUGAUUUUCGGAAUAACAGCCAUAGUGUUUGUCGUGCUAUGGAUCAUUGGCACUUGCAGGAAAUACAGGGGUGGGGAGCAGAGGCAUAGUCCAGGGAGCACAGCCCCGUUGAAACAUUAGAGCAGCCCAAGCUAGCAAGUGGACAAAAGCUAUACCUACCAGACUUUGCAAGGAAACAAGCACACAGAGCCGCCAUAUUUUGACGAUCCUCCAGAAUCUAAACCCGAGCAAAGAUGAAUAUACGACAGACUGUUACUACCACAAUGAAUUUGUAUAAUUUAUAUAUGUAUAAAGCUUUAAAUGGAUUCUUGCAUGUUCAGGGAUAUGUUCUAUGCAUUCUAUGCUACACUGCCAACACUAUGGCGAUUUAUCGGGUAUUAACAGCAAGGAAAAAGGUAAUAGUAUAAUUUACAACAAGAACAAAUGAACAUAUUAUUUGUAAAUAUCCAGUAAUGUACUAGCUAUAAUAUUUUGGUCAAUGUAAAUACAUUUUGUUUGUAGAUUAUGUAUACCUAACUUUAAUAUUUGAUGCAUUGAGUUUGAUCACAGACAUUCAGCCAUCAACGGUCUUGCACAUAUCAUGUAUUAUAUUUAUUAAAAAACCCCAUAUUGUUAAAAAUUUACUUUGUUCAAAACACGUUUUCUCAGUUUAGCACAUUUCUAUUUAUUGCAUAAAAUUGGAUAUGCCACA